GCGAUGGCGGCGGCGGCGGGACCCGGGUCGGGACCGGGAACGCCGGGAUCGGGACCGGCGGCCGUGGCGGCCCCGCCGAGGGGGCUCCGCGCGUGGCUCCGCAGCGCGUUCCGCUUCGCCACCGACCGGAACGACUUCCGCAGGAACCUGCUGGUGAACCUGGGGCUGUUUGCUGCCGGGGUCUGGGUCGCCCGGAACCUGACGGACAUCGACCUGAUGGCCCCGCAGCCCGUCCCGUAGAGCCGGAAUUCCUGGAGCUGCAGGGAGCAGAGCUCGCCCUCCCAGCAGGACCGGAGCCGUGUUGGGCCGCGACGGGUUCGCUGCAUUCCUGGAAGGACGUCGUUCUCCUCCCCUGCAGAGCUGCUGCUCCCAGUCCCUCCUGUCCUGCUCCAGGCAGUGACAAGAGGGAAAGAUUUAAGGCUGAGAGGAAGAAUUUAUUUCCAGUUCAUUCCUCAAGGCACAACAAGAAUGGUUUUCUCAAGGAUGGUUGUGGAAUUUCCUUCUGUACCGCUCCCAGAUGUUUAUUAAAGUCUGUGGAAUAACGACA